AUGACUGAUAACAUCAGUUUUGCGCUCACUUUACCUCCGGCUUUUGGUUCUGCAUACGUCGGAGAGACUUUCUCAUGCACAUUAUGUGCAAACAACGAACUUUCAGCAGACUCUGAGCGUCAAGUCACGUCCGUAAGGGUAGACGCCGAAAUGCAUGCGCCGUCCGGUAUCAACACCCUUGAAGUGUCCCCGGCUGACCAGGAAGCUGUAAAAGUGGACCCUGGGGAAUCCUUGCAAAAAAUCGUCCGUUUUGAGCUUAGAGAAGAGGGUAACCAUACUCUUGCCGUGAACGUGAGCUACUCUGAAACUACGGUCUCCAAAGACCAGUCUGCGUCCAGUGGGCGUGUCAGGACUUUCCGCAAAUUGUACCAAUUUGUUGCACGGCCUUGCCUUGGUGUGCGGACGAAGGUGUCAAUCCUACCAUCUGCGGACUCUGGUGACUCUCAAUCACGGGCAGCGAGAUAUGCCCUCGAGGCCCAAUUAGAGAAUUUUGCGGAUGGGACAAUUACGCUCGAGACAGCUACUCUCAAUCCAAAACCGGCGUUCAUAUCCACAUCUCUCAAUUGGGACGCGAAGGGAUUAGGCAUGCGCCAUAGUGACAAGCCCAGUAUGGCGCCCCGGGACGUGUUGCAGAUCGCCUUCCAAGUCGAGCAGCAAAAGGAUGGUCCAGGUAAAGAAGUAACAAAGGAUGGCAGGACUCUGCUCGGGAAUUUGGAUAUUCAGUGGAUGACUGUCAUGGGAGACAGGGGGUUUUUGAGCACUGGUUGGCUAACAACGAAGAAGAAAUGA